UAAACUAAACUUGAACUAAGUUAAAAAAUUUUAGUUAAAUUUAUUAAUCUAUUAAUAAUAUUAAUUACUAAAAACGCAACUCCUCAUUCACUUGAAUAUGGCACAACAAUUUCUAUUUUAUAUUUUAAUAUUAUCAGUAUUUUCAUCAAUAUUUGGUGAAUUAAAUCCUUUACCUGAUUAUAUAAAAGUAUGUAGAAAAAGUGAUUUAAAUUUUGAUAAAUGUUUUGUAAAUGCAAUUGAAAUAUUACGUCCAAAAAUUGCUAAAGGUAUGCCAGAAUUAAAUAUUCCACCACUGGAACCAUUAGAUUUAGGUGAUUUAGUGAUAUCAAAAAAACAGGAUACUGGUAUUGAUAUAUCUGUAAAAAAUCUUAGAGUUUACAAUGCAACAACUUUUAAAAUAACCAAUUUUAAGAGCGAAAAUUUUGUUGGACAUUUAACAGCUGAAUUAUUAUUGCCAAGAUUUGAAAUUGAAGGAUUUUAUUCUGUUGAAGGGCGUCUUUUAGCACUUCCAUUAAAAGGAAGCGGUGAUUUUCAUGGUAGUUUCUCUAACAUUAGAGCUAAAGUAAAAUUCGAUGUUGGCAGAAUUGAAAAAAAUGGCGUAGAAUAUUUUAAACUUUCACAAAUAAAUAUUAAAGCUAAAAUGGGUAAAGGGAGAAUAAAAUUGAAUAAUUUAUUUGAUGGAAAUAAAGAAUUAAGUAAUGUUAUAAAUGAUUCAAUUAAUGAUAAUAUAAUUGCAAUAGCUAAUGAUAUAUUACCAUCAAUUGAAAAGGCAUUAGAAAAGAAAUUUUCUGAAAUUGGUAAGAAAGUUUUUGAAAUAUUUACAGCAAAUCAAUUAUUACCAAAUUAAAUUAAAAUUAAAAAGAAAAAUGCAUACUUUGUAUGAAAUAAUAGUAUUUGGGCAUUUUGUUAAU